CCCCACCCCCCAGCCGCCCCGACACUUCCACAGCCUCUUCCUCAACCCGAGUCGCAUCUUACUCUCAUUAACCACCAUGGCCGACAACGAUGCGCAGCAUGAGCACACCUUCGAGAGCGCCGAUGCCGGCGCCUCGACCACCUACCCGAUGCAGUGCUCUGCCUUGAGGAAGAACGGCUUCGUCGUCAUCAAGAACCGCCCCUGCAAGAUUGUCGAGAUGUCCACCUCGAAGACCGGCAAGCACGGCCACGCCAAGGUCCACUUGGUCGCCAUCGACAUCUUCACCAGCAAGAAGCUCGAAGAUCUCUGCCCGUCCACCCACAACAUGGACGUCCCGAACGUUCGCCGCCAGGAGUACCAGCUCCUUGAUGUUACCGACGACGGUUUCCUCUCCCUCAUGUCCGACGACGGCUCCACCAAGGACGAUGUCAAGCUUCCGGAGGGUGACGUUGGCGAUAAGAUUAACAAGCUCUUCAACGAGGAGGGCAAGGAGACUAACGUCAUUGUCCUCACGGCUAUGGGUGAAGAAGCCGCCAUCGACGCCAAGGAGGCUCCCAAGUCUGGUUAGAUGACUGCGCGUUGGGAUAGGGCCGUCAGCAGGGAGGGAGCUGUUGUUGGGGGCCCGCUGAGAAAAGAACGGGAGGUGCCAAGUGGCCCCUCUGGAGCCGCAGCCCUUGCGGCGACUUUGGCAUUUUCAAUGCUAUCCUGCGCCUUCGCUGAUAGCUCACCAAUGUUUGCGGUUCUUCGGACGGAUUUGGGUUUCUUGCAUUGCCGCUCGCAUGUAACGGAGAUACGUGUUACGAAUCUCCUGGUCCUAGAUGUAUUCCCUACCUGACGGCAAUGGUUAAAGGAUGAUGAUGCCAUG